AUGCCCUCGAUCACAUCCUCACCCACGCUGAACUCGAGAUACUCCGGAGCAUACACAGACAAUGGGGAGGGCAGCUCGUCGCAACCACCCAGCCUGGCAGGGUCGAGGCAGAACAGCCGAGGGAGGAGCAACGUCCAUGAGGAGGAACCGCGAAACGCUGGGAGUCCUUUGCAAGAGGAGGCUGUUAGGGAACGCGACUUUGCGCAGCGCAAGCGGAAUCGCAGGUCUGGAGGUUUCCUCUUAGACUCCGCUUUCUCUAGUGGACCGCGGAGCCGACUAUCACAAUUCGGAGGACAUGACAAGGACGAAAAGGGCAAGCAAUCUUCGCGUCAUAGCCAGACGCACGGACGAAGCGAGCAUGAAGAGAGACAUGCAGCAAAUGGCAUCGCGAGUGGUUCGCCUUUGUCGAGGGAGGUCAGGAUGGCUGAUGCAGGGCCCGCCGACGCAAAUCUGAGGGAAGAGUCUGUUAAUACUGAAGACCAUGCGUCGGAUGGUGUAUAUGUCAGAAAGACAAGAGCAGGUGCACCUGCGAUACCCUCGACUGCACACAACAGAGAACAGCACUCUGAUGCUACGACAGCACGGGCUGCCUUCGAUCCGAACCAAAUUGUACACAUGGCUCUGAGCUUGAAUGAGAGUCGCCGGCGGAACCUGAGUGCUGGCCAACUACUCACUCCACAGGCACAUGCCACAUCCGGAGGUCGUCCGAACGAAAGUUUUAGUAGCCCGGGCACUGGAAGUAAUCACUUGAGGCAAUACCUAAACGAACAGCGAAGAGUGUCGCGAAACAUCUCCCCAUUUGGCGAUAAAUCGUCCGGACGCCACAUAUCCAUGUCAGCACAACGCAGAGGGUCGGUGUUGAUAAAGGGGCAGCUUGGCAAAGAGCCGAGCGAAGAAACAUGGCAGCGAGUGGAGAAGGCUCGCGCGUUUAUUGAGCUGAGGAUAGAAUACCUGAGGCUUCUCGAAUUCCUGCCCCCGCUCAAGCCUGACUCUACUGCGCCUGGUAAUUUCGUGGUCACGGCAAACAACGUUCCCGGCAGUCCACACGCGCAAUUAACACGGGUGCCCUCUUACGCGAACAAACAUCAUGAACUUGGUCGGCCUUAUAACCCUUUACAAGUGUUACGGAAUCGCCGGAGCAGAGCAAGGGAAAGAAGAGGUUUCGAGCAUCCGCCAGAAGAGUUUGCAGAUGUGGAACAGGUUCACAAGUGGGUUGGCAGGGUAGAAGAAGCUGCAAAAUCUGUUAUGUACCGCCAACUCGAUGGAGUAGCUUUGCCCAAGCUUCAUGAGGACCAUGGAACAGCAGCUGAACCUGCGAGGCCCGCUAGACCCAACAAAAUUUGGAUGUUCAGUGCCGAAGAGCUGCUUGCAGAUGCGCACUGGCUCGAGCAUGGCGACAAUAAGACGAUCGUGGAAGACCGCUACGGACGUAAAAUUUUCCCACCGAAGGAACCUCAGAAGCAAGACCUCCUAUCAGCCCGCGCCAGCAAAGAGUACCCCGAGAAACGGAGGAGAAGUUGGGUCGAAGGCAUUGUAGCGGAUAGCCACAACACAACUGGAGACGAAAGCGAAGCUUUGAGUGAUCGUGGCCGCAAGCGCAGGCUCUUGCCCACCUUCAACCGUGCGGAGAGCCCGAAACACCGAAAACAUAACUGGAUCGGAUCGAAGCAACAGGCUGGAAGUGACACGGACUCUACUGACUCUGACUCUGAUCUGGAGAAACGUCGGUCGCGGAAGACUCAGCAAAUGGUGGAAGGGGACAACGAGACCGGUGCAUUGAAGCUCAGAAUGAAACAUCUCAUGGAACGAGAGGCCGAAGAGACGCAGAGGACGGAACCCCCUCUAUUGUUCACGCCGGACACCCCGAACAAAUGGGGACAGGAGACUGCUGACGGUCAUGAUGAAAAGGGUGUCCGAAGUUCUUUCGAAGUGUCAGAUUCGGCGAAUGGGUCUGUCAGGGUGAGAUUAGACGGGCUCAAGUUGCCUCCGAAACAGCGCAAUGAUCCUGAGUUGUCUAAAGAUCCGUCAAAAGAGUACAGAUCAUCAUUUGAGGAGUUCGAUAGCACAGCACCAAGCACCCCGAUUCACGCAAGACACUACCCGCAUAUCGAUAGCGACGUGUCACCACCACCAAGUCGCGCUGGUUCGCAAAAGAAGCCAAAGAAGAGCAAGCUGGACUUCUUGCGCUCUGAAGAGAGCAAAGCGAAGCAUGAUCAUGACUACCUCGUGCCAGAUCCAGCUGGGUUAGACAAGAAGCGUAGCUCUCGCAAUACCAGUGAAGAGGCUGAAGAGGGCACCGGUAUUGGGUCUGCGAUAUGGGCAGCACCCGGCGCAGUCAAACACUUUCUGGGACAUCGCAAGAAUGACAGCACCAAUAACCUAACAAGUCCCAUCAAAGACAAAGACCGGAAAGAGCUGAAGGAGCCGCCAUCUGCCGUCACAAGGUUCAUCAAAGGCGUGAAGAAUGAGAGCUCAAAAAUGGGAGGGUUCAUAUUCCGCAAAGACGGACAGACAGACGAAUCAGACACGGAUGCAGCAUCCGACCACCUCGUUGCCCUUGAAUCCGAGACAGACGAAGAGAACGGCUCCCUCCGCCGUAGGAAUCGACCCGACCUCGCGCGGAGCGAGACUGCCGAGACUGCAGGCAGCAGCACCUCCAAGACAUCCAAGAAGGCCACCGGCUACCACCUCGAACUCCCCUCUUUCCGCUCCUCUUACCAGAACAAGAUAGACGAGGACAGCGCCUCAGAGCUCUCCGACCACCAUAUCGCCCGCCAGGCCCGCGAAACAGCGAACAAUCGCUCUCCGCGCUUCGACAAGCUUGCUCCCCCCGGCCUUGAUCUCUCCCGCAUAUCAUCCACGUCGUCCCCAUCCCCAUCCGCAAGCCAAGAUCGGAUCUCCCAGCUCCUUGCACGUCCCGGCGGCGUCGGCCACGCAGGCCUCCCUGUAACCUCCCUCGCCAAGGACAAAUUGCCUCCGUCCAGCACCUCCAUCAGCCCCAAGCGCAGACCGUCCCGGCCUACCCUCGAGGGCAAACGCCACUGGAGCAUCACAGACAGCCGAACCGAGCUCGCCCGCGCUACCAGCACCACGACCAUAGUGACCCCCAGCGACAUCGCCCGCGUCCGCGCCCUCUUCCUCUGCUCCGGCAUCAAAGCCAAGGAGAUAAACCGCCGCGCUCUCGAGGUCCGCGAAAACCCCCCAGCCUUCCUCACAAGAGCUGCGAGGAGCGCAAACGCCGAUCUCUACGGCGUGAGCAGAAAAGAAGAGCACGUGCUCGCAGCCCGCAUCCUGACCACAGCCUUCGAAACGCGCAUCGAAGAACUCCAAGCCGAGGCUCGCCGCUUCCGCGAGGAAACCGUCGUGCAAUUGCAGAGCCGCAUCACGGACAUCAAGGCUACCGUGGAGACAUCCCUCUUCGCGCGCGUCCGCGAAGGCGGCGACGAGGCGCUGCAGGUCUCGAGCAGAGUCAGCGCCGAUGCGCCGCUCGCUGUCAAACAAAUCACCGACGAUAUCGAGCACAUGAUGCGGAUGCGGCGGCGGCGCUCGCGCUGGGUGCGCCGCGUUGGGUGGACGCUGCUCGAGUGGGCGCUGCUGGGCUUCAUGUGGUGCGCGUGGCUCGUCGUCACUCUAUCGCGCGUCGUCGGCCGCACAGUCUUCUUUUUCUGGAGUAUCUUGAGAUGGUUGCUUUGGUUGUAG